AUUACCAUAAAUUGUAUGAGAGAAUGUUCAGAAAACGAAAGCACCUUUUGUCAGCAGGUAUAUGCAUUAUGCAAACACUACAAACGGGCACUCGAAGCGUUGUACUUCCAAAAAUGCGUCCAUUUUCUCAUUUUCUGUAUGCAAUCUAGUGAUAAUUUUCUAAAUACAAGAUUUUUUAGACAAAUGGUGCAAUAGUAUCUGUGAUAGUUUGGGUAAACUGGAUUGCUGUGUACAUUGUGCAAAUAUUAAUAAUAACUCUCACAUGUUACAAAACUACUAAUGUGGCAAAAAGUACAGCUGAAGUCAUCAGUCACUUACUGUCUGAGUUUAAUUUACACCCUAAGGUCAAGAAUAAGCUUAUGGUAUUUAUCAAACAAAUUCAACAUGAAGAUGUACAGUGUUCGCCAUUUAACCUCUUCACUAUUGAUACGUCACUCCUUUUUUCAUUUGCAAGAGAUUCUGUUACAUACUUAUUGGCUUUGUUCCAAUAUCAAGAAAACAUUGAAAUCCAAUGCUUGGAAAAAUCAUCUCCAUAAAACAGUAAUUUACCUGUGAAGCUGGGACUUCACUUCUAAGAAUGGAAUUGUUCCAACUGACUAAGAUUUCUCUAAAUUCCAUUACUGAUUCUAAUGAUGUAUUUGAAGGCAUAGUGAAGUUUGUAGCAUUCUGUAAUGAAAAAAUCUAGUAAAAUCACGAUUUGAAAGUAAACUUUAUUUACCUCUUUGAAUCCCAUCAUUAUCAAGCAAUCUACAC